CUCGUUUCCAAGGCGACGGCCUUGCUGCCUCUCCAGCCAAGUGACUGGAGUCGGGAGGCUGGAAAGCAGCUCCGAGAAAGUACCAGCCGAAGGCGGCCGCCGCCACAGCGACUCUCAGGGAGUAGCAGACGAAGACGGCGGCCGCCGCACUAGCCACCACGUGUGGAGGAUAAACGGCCUACACGGCCAUUCCAGCGCCGAGUCAAGGGAAAGAGUUAGCGACGACGGGGAAAGAAAACGUGAAGAGGGUGACCGCCGCUCCAGGGUCGCUGCGGGAAGCCUAAGUGGAGACGCCGGCUUGUCCCGCAGUGACUUGAGAAGGGUCAGUGAAAACCUCGGCCACUGCCGCAGCGUCUCUGGGGAGAGAGUUAGGGGGGAUAGUGGCCGCAGUCACAGAAACUCUUGGGAGAGAGUUAGGGGAGACCGCAGCUUCUGCAGCAGCGACGUGAAUUUUAGUGAAGUUGGAGGCCACCAAACUGCCGACUCCAGGGGAACUACCAGAGAAGACCGAGGCCUCCGCCUAAGUGGUACUUGGGAGGGAGUCAGUGACGUCCGGGACCCGCGAACUAGUGACUUCGGGUAUAGAGUCAGAGACGAUCGCAGUCGCCGCCUCAGUGGCUCCUGGGAGGGAGGGAGUGUCGAUGGCGGCCACAGCCUCGGUAGUUCUUGGGAGGGAGUAAGUGAAGACUGCGGCUACGCAGCCAGCGACUCCUCCGGUGUGAGCGGCAGUGAAGACGCCAGCUGCCGCCUCAGUGGCGUUUGGGAGAGAGAAAGUGAAGACGAAGGUUUCUGCUGCAGCUUCUGGGAGAGAGCAAGAGAGGACCUUGGGCCCCGUCCUAGUGACGACGGAGAAGAGGGCCGCUGCCCCUGCAGUGGCUCGUGGGUGAGAGCAAGUGAAGACCGCGGCAGCAUCAGGGGCCUGGACUCAACUACUCCCCAGAGUCGGAGGUGUUGCACCAUGCCCGGGGUGGCUAAUUCAGGCCCCUCCACUUCCUCUAGGGAGACUGCAAACCCCUUAGGUUCCAGGAAGAAGGUGCAUUUUGGCAGCAUACAUGACGCAGUACGAGCUGGAGAUGUAAAGCAGCUUUCAGAAAUAGUGGAACGUGGAGCCAGCAUUAAUGAAGUUGAUGUUCUCCAUAAGUUUACCCCUUUACAUUGGGCAGCACAUUCUGGAAGUUUGGAGUGUCUUCAUUGGCUGCUCUGGCAUGGAGCUGAUAUCACACACGUAACAACGAGAGGUUGGGCAGCAUCUCACAUAGCUGCAAUCAGGGGUCAGGAUGCUUGUGUACAGGCUCUUAUAAUGAAUGGAGCAAAUCUGACAGCCCAGGAUGAGCGGGGAUGCACUCCUUUACAUCUUGCUGCAACUCACGGACAUUCUUUUACUUUACAAAUAAUGCUCCGAAGUGGAGUGGAUCCCAGUGUGACCGAUAAGAGAGAAUGGAGACCUGUACAUUAUGCAGCUUUUCAUGGACGGCUUGGCUGCUUGCAACUUCUUGUUAAAUGGGGUUGUAGCAUAGAAGAUGUGGACUACAAUGGAAACCUUCCAGUUCACUUAGCAGCCAUGGAAGGCCACCUUCACUGUUUCAAAUUCCUAUUCAGUAGAAUGAGCAGUGCGACACAAGUUUUAAAAGCUUUCAAUGAUAACGGAGAAAAUGUAUUGGAUUUGGCCCAGAGGUUCUUCAAGCAGAACAUUUUACAGUUUAUCCAGGGGGCUGAGUAUGAAGGAAAAGAUUUAGAAGAUCAGGAAACUUUAGCAUUUCCAGGUCAUGUGGCUGCCUUUAAGGGUGAUUUGGGGAUGCUUAAGAAGUUAGUAGAAGAUGGAGUAAUCAAUAUUAAUGAGCGUGCUGAUAAUGGAUCAACUCCUAUGCAUAAAGCUGCUGGACAAGGCCACAUAGAGUGUUUGCAAUGGUUAAUUAAAAUGGGAGCAGACAGUAAUAUUACCAACAAAGCAGGGGAGAGACCCAGUGAUGUGGCAAAGAGGUUUGCCCAUUUGGCAGCAGUGAAGCUGUUAGAGGAGCUACAGAAAUAUGAUAUAGAUGAUGAAAAUGAAAUUGAUGAAAAUGAUGUGAAAUAUUUUAUAAGACAUGGUGUUGAGGGAAGCACUGAUGCCAAGGAUGAUUUAUGUCUGAGUGACUUGGAUAAAACAGAUGCCAGAAUGAGAGCUUACAAGAAAAUUGUAGAAUUGAGACACCUCCUGGAAAUUGCCGAGAGCAACUACAAACACUUGGGAGGCAUAACAGAAGAAGAUUUAAAGCAGAAGAAAGAACAGCUCGAGUCUGAAAGGACCAUCAAAGAACUGCAGGGCCAGCUGGAGUAUGAGCGACUACGCAGAGAAAAAUUAGAAUGUCAGCUUGAUGAAUAUCGAGCAGAGGUUGAUCAACUCAGGGAAACACUGGAAAAAAUUCAAGUCCCCAACUUUGUGGCUAUGGAAGACAGCGCUUCUUGUGAGUCAAACAAAGAGAAGAGGCGAGUAAAAAAAAAGGUUUCUUCUGGAGGAGUGUUUGUGAGAAGGAGGUAUCCAUGUUUCUCACCAUGAGUUUCCAAGUCCUGAACCAAUGCAUGGGUAUCAAAAGUUAAUUUCCUUUGUUCUAAAGGAGUUAUAUCCACUGGCCGCCUAUCAUAUCCCUCCUUGGUUGUGGUGGUGAAGAAGUCUGAAAAGAGAAGACAUUUUUUUUCUCUUAUAGUAACUGAUAAAGGUUUCCUACUUUAGCUUACAAAGCAUUUUCCCCAUCCAUUUAUGAUAUAGUUCCAGCUCUUCUAGUUUUGUCAUCUCACCCAAGUUAAUUGACUCCUCUGAGCCUCUCUUUUAUCUGGAAAGUCUCUGACUUUUUUCUGUACAUACUAAACAUUCAAUAAAUGUUUCUUUUCCCUCCUUUGGUAUUCAGGAAUGUUAAGAGUUAGUAUAAACUUGUAAUAAAACACAUCAAAUGCUUUGGAUAUCA